AUCCAGUGUCCCAGAACUCGUCCUUCUCCUACUCCCAGGAGGUGAGAGGCACGCAGCGCUCCCAGGCCUCCUCCCCGGGGGGCGAGUGCUCACCUCGGCCCUCUGUGGUGGGACGCACCGGCCAGAGAGCCAGUGGAGACGGACAGGACGGAGACGCAGCGUCCACCAGGUGUUUUGUGAAGAGUAUUGGUUUGGACAAAACACCCUUCCACCUGGUGGGGACGUCGAUGGGGGGGAACGUCGCUGGAGUGUACGCUGCCCAUCACCCUGCUCACCUGUCCGGCGUCACCCUGAUGUGUCCGGCAGGUCUGGUUUUCCCCACAGAGUCUGAGUUCAUCGUUCGCCUGAGGGAGAUGGAGAAGACUCAGCAGCAGGGGUCGAUCCCUCUGAUCCCCACUACUACUCAGGAGCUGGAGUCCAUGUUGAAGCUCUGCUGCUACACCCCAAUCAGCCUCCCCAAGCAGGUACAGUACGAUGUGAGGGUCUAA